UCUGUUCCUGUGGGCUGAGGAUGAGACACCCCCCCGAUAAGAAGGACCCAGCCUCUGAGGGGCCACACCCUGUGUGUCUCUCUGUCCUGCCAGCACCGAGGUCUCAUCCAUUUACAAAGCUGAAAGGAGACAGAGGAGACGCCAUGACCCCCACCCUCACAGCCUUGCUCUGCUUUGGGCUGAGUCUGGGCCCCAGGACCCACGUGCAGGCAGGGCCCCUCCCCAAACCCGCCCUCUGGGCUGAGCCAGGCUCUGUGAUCAUCCGGGGGAGCCCCGUGACCAUCUGGUGUCGGGGGACCCUGGAGGCCCAGGAGUACCGUCUGGAUAAAGAGGGAAGCACAGAUCCCUGGGACAGAAUGAACCCACUGGAGACAAGGAACAAGGCCAGAUACUCCAUCCCAUCCAUGACAGAGCACCAUGCAAGAACAUAUCACUGUUGCUAUCACAGCCCUGAAGGCUGGUCAGAGCACAGCGAUCCCCUGGAGCUGGUGGUGACAGGUGAGAGGACACUCAGGGGUCCCAGCCCCAGACUCUGUCCUCAGGAAGGGGGUCGGCUCUCAGGGGCGUCUCCCUCUCACAGCCCAGCCCUGGGGAUGCUGCGGGAGGUGGGAGCCCAUUAAACACGGUGCCUCCUUCUCUCCUGGGAGCCUACAGCAAACCCACCCUCUCAGCCCUGCCCAGCCCUGUGGUGGCCUCAGGAGGGAACGUGA